UCUAUGGACAAGGUAUGACAGCAAUCCAUGCAUUGGUUUUAUUGUCCACUGUUUUCAAUUGGUAACUUUUAAUUAUUUGUGGCACAGAUCCAAUGCAUGUCGUUGGUAUCUAUAUUAGCAUUUUCACACUUCAUGUCCAAAUCAUCCUGAAGGAUCUAAGAAUGGAUCAUAUAACUCAAUGGUGUGAGUGUGUUUACCAGGACUGGAGUGUGUUUACCAGGACUGGAGUUGAAUGGAGAGCGUUUACCAGGAUUGGAGUGUGUUUACCAGGACUGGAGUUGAAUGGAGAGUGUUUACCAGGACUGGAGUUGAAUGGAGAAUGUUUACCAGGACUGGAGUUGACUGGAGAGUGUUUACCAGGACUGGAGUUGACUGGAGAAUGUUUACCAGGACUGGAGUUGACUGGAGAGUGUUUACCAGGACUGGAGUUGACUGGAGAGUGUUUACCAGGACUGGAGUUGACUGGAGAGUGUUUACCAGGACUGGAGUUGACUGGAGAGUGUUUACCAGGACUGGAGAUGACUGGAGUGUGUUUACCAGGACUGGAGUUGAAUGGAGAGUGUUUACCAGGACUGGAGUUGAAUGGAGAGUGUUUACCAGGACUGGAGUUGAAUGGAGAGUGUUUACCAGGACUGGAGUUGAAUGGAGAGUGUUUACCAGGACUGGAGUUGAAUGGAGAAUAUUUACCAGGACUGGAGUUGAAUGGAGAGUGUUUACCAGGACUGGAGUUGAAUGGAGAGUGUUUACCAGGACUGGAGUUGAAUGGAGAAUGUUUACCAGGACUGGAGUUGACUGGAGAGUGUUUACCAGGACUGGAGUUGAAUGGAGAAUGUUUACCAGGACUGGAGUUGAAUGGAGAGUGUUUACCAGGACUGGAGUUGAAUGGAGAGUGUUUACCAGGACUGGAGUUGACUGGAUAGUGUUUACCAGGACUGGAGUUGAAUGGAGAAUGUUUACCAGGACUGGAGUUGAAUGGAGAGUGUUUACCAGGACUGGAGUUGAAUGGAGAGUGUUUACCAGGACUGGAGUUGAAUGGAGAAUGUUUACCAGGACUGGAGUUGACUGGAGAGUGUUUACCAGGACUGGAGUUGAAUGGAGAGUGUAACAGGACGGUUAGCUUUCUGAAAACAGAACACAUGGAACUGAAAUGGACCACUUCCUGGUGACGUGGAACAAACCCUUCCUCUUUACUCUGUCCUAUAUAGUACAGGGGGGUAGAACACCUGGGGCAGAGUUCCCCAACUGACAUAAAACUAAAAACACAAGCAAAUCAGCACCAAGGGAUUUUUGAAUUUUGAUUUGAAUUUCUAAAUUAUUUCCACUCAUAAUGGAGAUAUACAGUGAGUGGACAAAACAUUAAGAACACCUGCUCUUUC